AUGGCAUCAUCACAAGCACGCCAGCCUCCCCAAGCAGCAGCUUCAAGCCAUCCACGCAGCGAAGAAUGGUGUCGCAUUCUCAUACCGGUCCCCAAUCACGACGAAUUCUUCACAAUUGAAGAACUAAACACCCGCCAUACCCACGAUGUCCUCGCUCAUUGUCAGGGGCUCUUUGAGACGUACCAAGACACAGGAGAUGCAUCAUGGCUAGAAAAGCGCCGCCUAACACUCCAACAAUGGCUGAUCCGAUUUGACGCGAUGAGUGUACAUCUAGAACAGUGCAAGAACGCUGUCCAAACGGCUCUGGAGCUAUCAGGGCCAGAUGAACCGGCCGAUACUUAUACAUCGCCUGGAGCUCCUCCUCGUCAGGCAGCAAUUGAGAAGCCCGCAACUCCUCCCCCUUCCCAGAGUAGGGCCACACGACGAAGACUGCAGCAAGUUGGCUCGACUCCGAUCAAACAAGAAAAGGGAGGCUUGUUGACGCCCCAGAGCUACUUGGAACAGAAGAUCGAGGCUACUUGGCAUCGAUACAACUGGAACCUCCAAUUCACCCUCACGUACAACGGGUUUGAUGCCGACCCUCCUGACUGGUACUUUGCGCGACAGGAACACGGGCAGUGGGUUGGGAGCGGCUUGCGAUGGGAAUUUGACGGAGUGAAGGUCAAGAAGUACCUUGUUCUAUCUACACCACGCAACCUCACCAUCGUGCACCACGCGCUGAAUUUCCUACGAGAUUACAAGGAGAAGCUUGAAGAUGGUCGUGCCGUGCCCAGCGACAACCGCCAGGACGAGCCACUACAGCUCAUGGUUAUCGAAGCCGGAUCGAACCGACAGGUUUUCGCCUCGGGUCGCAUCCUCCUGCGCGACAUCGACAUCCAAGGCAACGAGGAGAUCCGAAGCCCCAUGUCGGGCGAGAUCAUUGAUCCGCAAGACACCAGCUCUAACGAUUUGAUCUUCCCCGUCGAGGAGAGGACCCUGCGGGAUAUUUAUAACCUCCACGAAGACAUAGCAGCCGAGAUUGACGCACGCGAUGAAGCGGCCGAAGCAGCGCGCCGGGAUGAUGGGGAAGAUACCCCCACUCCCACUCCCACCUAACCGGGCGUUAAAGCUCGAUUGCUCGGCACAGGAGAUUACGUAUUAUACGUCAAGGGGAACUGUUGUGGCUGAUGUUUCAAUGUUCGACUUGUUCUAAGGAAACACCAGCACGAUUGCUGAGUGCGCAUGUGUGUUUUGUUUUGCGUUCCGUAGCCAAUCCCCAAGAGGGUGUAUUUCGGCGAAAGCAGAGAGUUGAACUAAAUGGUUCUUCGUCCCUACCUUUGGUACUUAUGUUAUUAUGUUUUCGUGCAAACCCAUACUGUAAUACUAAUUUCUGCAUUUCCUGAUGUUUAGUUUCCGGAACGUUAAUAAAAAUAUGUUGAUUUUAGAACCGUCUAUCGCUCUGACUUACACGAC